AAAAUGUAUACAAAGAUCGACAACCAUGUAAUGGUUUUUACAUCAUGUAUACACAAAAUUGUUGUUGACGAAGGUAUAAAUAAUAAACAUCGAUUUGUUAUGUGUAUUGUAGCCUGGAUUCAUAUGGAUUAAUACUAGUUAUACUGAACAAUUUAUGCGUUAUUGUAACAGCUACAAACUUUCAAAAAGUUUCAGAUGGCAAACUUUGAACAACCUACAUCACCUCGUUACUUAAGUUUUCUGAAGUUACUUGGUCUUGUUGUUGGAUGUCUGGCAAAAUUUGUGACAGGCUCAUUAUUUGUGUUUAAUGUUUAUGCCGAUGAUCUGAAAACAACUUUCAAUUUUACCCAAAAAGAAGUGGAACUUCAGUCGUCUUUGCUUAACCUUGGACUUGGAGCAGGUUUUUUGCCAGGUUUAUUGUAUGAUAGUUUAGGACCUACUUGGACCUCAGGUGCUGGACUUGUCGUGUCAGUGAGUGCAUACGUACUCCUUUGGAGUACAACAAAGUAUACAGCGUUUUAUGGCAGGAAUAGUUGGUUAAUAGCUAUAUAUUUUUUCGUGUGUGGUAUUGGUUCUGUCUUCACGUAUAUGGUAGCACUAAAUACGAAUAUAAUCAACUUCCACAGUAAACACCGCGGAUUAAUCGUUGGAGUGCUGAAUUCGUUUUUCGCCGGAAGUCCAUCUGUAUUUUCAGUUAUUUACUACAAGGUAUUAACUGGAAAGAAUCGAUUUGGUGAUUUCAUGUUGUUGUUUGCAGUCAGUUUUGCGAUUGUCGACGUUCUUUGCAUUAUUUUUCUUCGAAUAUUUACAUCACAAGAAAUUACAGAGAAUGUUUUAACUAUUGAUUCUACUAAAGAUGAGUCAAAAUAUUUAAAAUCUUCCGAAAAAUAUGAAGCUUCAUACAAGUCUAUUAAACCUGUUCUCAAAACAAACGGUUCAACUGGUAUAGAAGAACACAGUUUUAAUCAGAAUGACAAACAAGAUGAAUCUGAAAACUCAUCCGAAAGUGGAGUCAAUUUGUUAGUCAAUAACCACAAUGGGGAACAACUGUCCAUCAAACAAUUACUAUGCAAUGCAAAUUUUCAUUUAUUUACUUGGAUGUUUGUUUUAGCAGCGUCUGUUGGAUUGACUCUUGUAAAUAACGUAACAGUCAUCGCAAAAUCUCUUCAUCUGAACCAAUAUAACGGCAGCUUGGUACUUGUUGUUCCCAUAACAACUGCAGUUUUAAGUAUUUUUAUUGGCGUUAUUUCAGAUUUAUUCAAAGAAAAAAUUCCGCGCAUGUCGAUAUUAGUUUUCGCCUGUGCUUGUUUCGUAUUCAGCCAAGCUAUAAUUUUGAUAUUUGGACAACUAUAUGUGCUACUCAUAAUAGGAACUUUUUUGUGUGGUUUAGGAAUAUCCGCACUGUGGACUUUGUGUCCUGCAGUUAUGAGUGAAUUAUUCAGUUUAGAAAAUUUAGGAAGAAACUGGGGGAUUGCAAUAUUAUUAGCAGCAGUCGUGGGCUUGAUAAUUCAGUUGGUAUUUGGUACUAUUUACGAUGCACACGUUGUUGAAGGAACACUGGAUUGUUAUGGUAUGAAAUGUAUAAACGGCGGCAUUGCUCUCGCUUUGACUGCUGCUGUACUAUCUGUUUCAUUGGGUGCCGCAUUUGUUCUAAAAAAUCGACGGAAUUCAAGUUAUGUUCAAAUGUAAUCGAUGUUUAAAUUGUGAAUCUAAAUUACAUGUCUUCAACAGUUAAUUUUAUGGGCGCUCCUUUUAUUGAUUUAAUCGCUUCAGUUGUUUCGUGUAUGUGCGCUUGACUAUAGUGCGGUAUGCCAAGCUCGCAUCUCUUUUUUUUUUUUUUUUAAAUCUGACAAGAUAGAGAUUUUCCAUCAAAAUUAAAAUUGUUUUUAUCAAAGUUUAUUUGUAUUGCUCACAUGAGACGAUCUAUCUGAGCCAUGAGUCUUUCUAAAGUUAUGUUAUUGGCUGGAUAUGAUUAAGAAUUUUAAUUAAGUUCUUCGUUGUUUUUAAAAUUUGCCGCCAUUUGAAAAAUCGCCAAAUUGAGUUUUUUUGUGUGCAUUUAGCCAUUAAACUUUUUAGUAUGUUGACUUCUUAAACUGUGUCCCGAAUACUUGUAGCUGUUUCUAUUUGGUCAAAUUAUUUGUUGU